AUGAUUGAGUAUAAGGAAUAUAUUAUUCGUUUAUUUUUUGAAAAUACAUGUUGGAACAGUGAUAAUCUAUAUUCUUUUCUUUGUGAGAGCUCAAAGAAUAUUCUUGAUUUUCAUGUUUCAAAAGGAUUGAGUUUUAAUAUUUCGUCGUCACCGAGUGAGAAUUUUGCAUCAUCAUAUUGUUUAUCAUUAUCACCGGAUCUUAAUGGAUCUAUUGGAUAUAUAGUUUCAUCAUUUCCUCUUUAUGGAUCUAAAAAUAGCCAUACAAUUCCUAUUAAUAAGAUUUCUGAAGUAUAUCAUCAAGUUCAGGAAUUUAAGGAUUUAAAAAAGUGUUGGAAUCAAACUUUUAAUUCAAGACGGAAAGAUUAUUUAUUUUAUGGAAGGAUGUAUUUUCCAGAACUUUUGUUGGAGGGUCUUUAUGCUAGAAAAAUAUCACCUACGAAACAAUUUAUUUUAUCAUAUUUCAAUAAUCCUGAAAAGAGUGAUGGGAUUAGUUUAACUGCUCAAUUUCAACACAAUACGAGCAAAUGGUCUACAGAAUAUACAUAUAGUACGGAUGAUGCAAUGUUUGGAUUCAGGGGAUUAUGGAAUUUCGGAGAAGUUCCAAAAAGAGUAUCAAUAAAUGAAAAACAAAAUGAUGAUUCAGCUUCUUUGUCUAAUAAUGGACAACUUAGCAUAGGUACAGAAGUAUAUUAUGGAAUAUUUCAUAAAAUAGGAGGAUUGUCUACUGCUCUUCGAUUUACAACACUUCCUUCAUAUAUAAAGAAUCCGCUUACAAUGACUUUAACAUUGAAUCCUGUUAUGGGGCACAUAUCUGCGGCUUAUUCUAUUAAGGCGGGAAAUGAUUUUUCAUUAUCUAGUAGAUUUAAUUUUAAUAUAUUUUCGUAUGAAAGUACUUUGGAUCUAGGUUUUGAACUAUGGAGACGUUCUCAAUUGCCAGAAUCAUCACUUUCUCAAAUCCCUUUAUCUUCGGAUCUUGCUGUACCUUUAAAUCCAAGAACUAGUAUUAUCAAAUUAUCUACAGGAUCAAGGAAAAAUAUUAGAAUUUUAUGGGAAUGGCGUUAUAAAGGCCUUCUUUGUAGUUUUGGUGCAAUUUUUGAUUUGAAUUCACAUUUAUCUAUUUUAAAAUCCUUCGGUUUUGAAUUUCAGUGUUUUUCAUAA